UUACAGUAAAUCCGAAAACGUCGUCGUGGAGUGUGGUCUGUUGACGAGACAGAGUCGUAUGUUUUUUUGAUACAAAAAUGGUUGUUCCAGCGACUCAUUCAAUUCUUCUUCAACUUGCUCCCAUAUUUUUGUGGUAACUUCCUUCAAAUCUGAUCUAACAUUUCUUCCUUUAGAAAUCAAGAUCCCUCUUUCUCAACUCUUUCAGAUAGAUGGCUGCAAAUUCUGAGAAUAUAUUGUCCUUGUCAUUGCUUUCUACUUCAGAGGUUCUUGGUGGCGCUGAUUCUCCCACGGUUGCAGUGUGUUCUCUUUGCCGCAAGGCCUUAUCGCCUGAUGAUGAGAUAACAGAUCUUGCAGCCGGUGGUGUAUGCGGUGAUUGUAAAUUUUUAUUGCUCGAAGACUUUGGAAAUCAUACACUUGCACUAAGCUCUCAUAGGAGGCUAAGAGGAAGAUUGAGGCACGGUAGUUCUGAAUCAUUUGAGAACCUUGCAUCUUUAGAGGAAGAUCAACAUGUAGAUGGUGACAACACUACAUGGUCAUUACAGUAUGCUAGUGCAAAUACAACUCCUACUGGGUCUAGAAGCUGGAGGCAUGUUCUCUCGGAUACCGAAAGUGAUGGUUUUGAUAAUUGGCGUUCUCUAUAUGGUGAAAAUGAAUCAAACUCAAGUUUUAGACCAUAUAGGGUUCCCCACAGUGAGACUGAUUCCUUUUCUUUCAGUGCUUAUGGUGGUGAGUCCGAUAUCUCUAUGGAUAGACAGAGUUUUGUAGGCAAUGAAACUUUUAAUUUACCAGAUGAGGGAGAUGAGUUUGAUAGUGACACCGACAUCGAUCCAAUGCAUGCUGGCCUUGGUCAGUGGAACUCGGAUGAUACAGAAGAAGAGGAGGAAGAGGAAUUACCUGAGGUUGACGAAGCUGAAGCCGCUCGCCUUCAAAUUCUUUUAAACUCAAGUCCAAGUGAGAGCGAAAGUCGCAUUAAUUGGGAACAAAGGUUUAAUGCUACUGAAUCUGAGGGAAUAUUUAGCCGGAUAAUCAGGGAAACUUGGUUAGCAUUGGACGACGCUGAUUUACCUCAAGGAGCUAACUUUGGAGAUUUCCUUGAUACCAGACGCUUCAAUGAUCUUCUUGACCAUCUCGCUGAAAAUGACAGCUCAAGACGAGGAGCACCUCCUGCUGCUGCGUCGUUUGUAAACAAUCUACCUCGUGUAUUCAUUAGCAAGGAACACAAGAAGCAUGACGAACUAGUUUGUGCCAUCUGCAAGGAUGUUUUAGCCCUCGGCACUGAAGUAAAUCAGCUCCCUUGUUCUCACCUUUACCAUUCUCAUUGCAUUUUACCGUGGUUGAAGACACGUAAUUCAUGCCCUCUUUGUCGUUACGAGCUUCCAACCGAUGAUAAGGAUUACGAAGAGGGAAAACAGAACGUUGAUGGUAGAAAUGUGAUCUAUGAUAUGCAACAAUUACAUGUUAUGGAUGAUAGUUUCUCUGAUGUUUCUGAUGGAGAAGAAGCGGUUGAAGACGAUGGUACCACUACUCAUGAUACCGUGAAUUCUUCUGCAGCAAGUGGUGGUAGCGGAAGAUGGUUGUUUCUUGCUGCAGCUCCAAUUGUUAGUUUAGUAGGCAUGGUUAUUGUACUGUGGUUAGGUAGUAACUCUCAGAUUGAAGAGACUAGACAUUCGAGUACUCGCUAUUUGUCUGUGCAAAAUCAGCACCCUGUUCAUGUUUCUGGUUCUCAAAACCAAAGGGAGAGUAGAAGCAGAAGAUGGUGGUGUCCAUUCUAAGUGCUUUUCAAAUUCUUCUUCAAUAAUACAUUCUGUAAUAACCAACCACUUGGGAUGGAAUUUUUUAGCUGACUUUUUAUUCAUGUGUGAUCUGAUGUGGUUUGUAUGAUCCACCAAUUUCAGAAAUCAUGUGUAGAUUUAAGUUUGUAAUUACCUUUUUUUUAAUUAUUUAACAUUUCCUCCCUCUUCCUGUACCCGGUGGUUGUGUGCUUCAAGGACUUGAUGCCUGGAAAGUUGACAAUCAAUUCUUGAUGUUUUAGACUGAACUCAUGAAAAAUGAUUUUACUGUGAAUUUUUCUACAUCCGGAGCAAUAA